AAAUCCGAACGCUAUGCAAGUUUAUUAAUGAAUUUACCCAAGGGACCAAUAUUUUCAAAUGACUUUUCGUAAAAUGGUCCCAUGUUUCAUUCGUUCUUAUCAAGUAAGUUGACUCAGGUUCUAAGUGUUUAAAGGAUGCCAUACAUGAACUUAACAAGUCUAUCAAGCUGUCGAAUUACUUAACACCGUCAAAUCCAAGGCUUUUGAAAGAACAAAGGUAUGGGCUGUCCGCUGUUUAUUGCUCUGCUGUUGGAAUUGAAGUAUGCUCAAGAAUUUGCUCAAGUUAUUUGUACAACAGGAUCAGCAACUACGUGACUUACAUGUUAUACAUGUUACAGGGUCUAAAGGCAAAGGUUCAGUUUGUUCAAUGGUUGAAAACGUCUUACAGAAAUCCGGAUUUCUCACUGGGUUUUUAAGCUCUCCUCACCUCAUAAACGUUGAGGAAAGAAUACGGAUAAACGGACGGCCCAUAUCCCGUGAUCACUUUGCUAGUUUAUUUUGGGAUGUGCAUGGAACACUUCUUGAGUUUACAAAAACCUCAAUUAAUAUACCUAUGCCAUCGUUUCUUCAUUACAUUUUUGUGAUGGCUUGUAAAGCGUUUGUUGAUGAGAAAGUAGAUGUCGGGAUUUUCGAAGUUGGUAUUGGCGGACGUUAUGAUCAUACAAAUAUUUUCAAAGAUCCUUACGUAACUGUUGUCACAAGUUUGGCACUGGAGCAUACAAAUAUUUUAGGCAAUACCAUUGCUGAAAUAGCUUGGGCUAAAGCAGGGAUUUUUAAGACUGGUUCUAUUGCAUUAGUCAGUCAUGGGCAAUCAGAUGAAGCAAUGAAUAAAUUUGUUGAAGAAGCUGAACUUGUUAAAUGUCCAUUAUAUGUUGCACCUACGUUAGAUUCACUAUUGACUACAGAAAAUAUGACUGAGCCAUUUAAAGAUAUUUUUGACAAUAUGAAGACCAUACCGAAUAGUCAAUUAUUAAAUCUUGCUUUAAGUUUAACGACAGUAAAUUAUUGGUUUGCUAAAUUACAUGGAACUACUAAUAAUGAUAACGUUACAAAUAUUGGUUUACAGCCAACAUCUGAAUGGAAACCAAGUUCAACUGUUUUACUUAAUGCGUUAUCCGCCCGAUGGCCUGGUCGAUGGCAAAUUGUAAUUCGAAAAAAUAUAACUUAUUAUCUGGAUGGUGCACAUACUGUAGAAAGUUUACAGUCUGCAAUAAAAUGGUUUCAGAAUGAGAGCUUUGCUUCGAAUAAUAACAGACGUCCUAUACGAAUUAUUAUUUUCACUGUAAUUGGUCCACGAGAUCCUAAGCCAUUUUUAAAAUGUUUACAAUCUUCCUCAUUCACAUUCGAUUUGAUUGUUUUUGCCAAUCCUCACGAUGGUCAAUUUGGUAAUUCUAUCUAAUCUACAUUAUUCUUAAUGCUAUCUCUUCAUGAAACAUGAAGCAAUUCUUUCUUUGUCGAGGCACUCUAUAACAUGAUUCUAAGAAUAUAUGUGUAACUACUAUGAAAAAAUUCUUCCCAGUAAAGAGUCGCAUGAUGAAUUAUGCUUCAAUAUAUGGCGUCAACUCGAAUCGGAAUCGAACACCGGUAGUAAUUCUACAUCACAUUCAAUUGCUUCAAAGCAUGUCAAAUCUUUAUCUGCUUUUAUAAAGUGGAUGCAAAACUUGCAGCGUUUUUCUCUUCAGGCUUUGAAAUAUUUUCCGUGUGAAUAUAGUAAUUAUGAUGAAGCUGAUAAUACAACUUGCUGUGAUGUUUUUGUCACUGGCAGUCUAUAUAUGGUUGGUCGGAUAUUAAAGGAAAUAGAUGAACCUGUAUAAAGGAUACAAUUGAUAUUCUCAACUCAAAUUUUGUAGAUCUCCCAUCUGUAAAAUAAUGACGCAUUUCUAGAUUCCUGCAUGUUCAGUGAAAUUAUCAUUGGAAACUGUAAAUAUUAUGUACAUAGAUAAUCAUCGAUUUUUUUAAAUUUUACAUACGUAUAUUUAAGAUGAUGUGAUCUGUUUCUGAUGAGUAACUGCAAAUAAAACUUGAACACGGACAAGGAUAGUCAUCCCUUCCUAAUAUCCAAUUAAAGUACAAUGUCUAGCAUUCUUCUCAUUUAGUAGGCGUGACACACAUUAAAGCAUUAUUUCCUACCGAGAAUUCCAUUUCAAAAAUCUAGAACUACGUAUGUCUUCUAGAAAUACGCUGCUGCAGCACAUUCCAACUUACCAGAUAAGGAAGGCAAACAAAGUGAUAGUUAGAGCUUCAAGUGGAAUCCUCAUUAAAGAUUAUGGCAUGAAGUUCAGCUUUCACUAACCAAGCAAAUGGGAAAAGGCUAGAUAUUGGACACAGACUGGACGUUGAAAGAGAGAUACUCUACAAAUUUGUGCAUAUUUGUCUUAUUCAUCGAACGCCCGAACUUGUUUUUGAGUCGUUUCAUUUGCAUUUGAACAUGUAGCCAAGUAAAUAGUUUUAUAUGCAUUCCAUACUUACUGCUUUUA